CGAUAAUCAUCACGUCCGGGCCUAUUUAAGUUCACACCCAAUAUUCGUUCGCCUGACGCCUAAAGUUUCUCUGUCAGCAUGGGAAAGAAGCCUGUGAAGUACUCUGUGGUGGAUGCGUUCACGGACUCGGCGUUCAAGGGAAACCCGGCGGCGGUUUGUUUGUUGGAGGAUGAGAGAGACGACCAGUGGUUGCAAUCGGUUGCUGCUGAGUUCAACAUCUCCGAAACCUGUUACUUGAUUCGGACCACUGAGCCUGAAUCGGAGACUCGCGAUUCAGUCCCCAGGUUCCACCUCCGAUGGUUCACUCCUGUUGCCGAGGUUAAACUAUGUGGUCAUGCAACCUUAGCAGCUUCACACUAUCUAUUCACAUCUGGUUUGGUAAAUGCCAACAAAAUCGAGUUUCUUACUCUAUCAGGAGUUCUGACUGCUAAAAGAGCUCAAGAAACUGAGCAAAUGGAUUCCUUUAUUGAGUUGGAUUUCCCGGUAGUUCCACUGACUGAAUUUGACUCUGCUGAGAUUCCUGGGAUUUCUAAAGCCUUGAAUGGUGCUUCUGUGAUCGACUUAAAGGAGACAACUACUGAUGAAAACCUCUUUGUCGUGCUUCCAUCCGGAAAGACUGUUGCAGAUCUACAACCGCAAAUUGAUGAAAUACGACGAUGUCCUGGAAGGGGGGGAGUAAUUGUCACGGGUCUUGCUCCGUCUGGAUCUGGGUUCGAUUUCAUUAGUCGCUACUUCUGUCCAAAAUGGGGGAUCAAUGAGGAUCCUGUAACUGGGAGUGUACAUUGUGCCUUAGCAGCUUACUGGUCUAAAAAGCUUGGGAAAUGUGAUUUUGUUGCAUAUCAGGCAUCUCCUCGAGGUGGAAUAUUAAACCUCCAUUUAGAUGAAAACCGUCAGAGAGUCCUACUUCGGGGUAAAGCUGUAACAGUAAUGGAAGGUUCUAUUUUGGUUUAAUCAAGAGUUAGCCCGUCUUUUCUUGUAUGAUCAAUCGAAAUAAAGGCUCCAAUCGCCUGCAAGUUGAUUUUACUCUUUGUACUAGACAUCUUCGGUAAACCUUCAUUUGACGCAAAUGUACUUCUUCCUUUAUGUC